AUACGAAAAAAAAACAAAAUAAAUUUUAUUUUAUUUGGAAAUUUAUAAGAUGAAAAAGGGAGCUAUUUUAUUGAAUCAAACAUUAUAAAUAAAAUCUAUCCAAGACGGGGGUGAAAAUGUCUACUGAAAAACCAAAAACAAUUGUACAUCACACAAACAGUGAGCCACAGACUGGCGGUAAUCAAAGUAUAUUUCAACGUACUCAAAGUAUUAUUGAUAAGAAACGAUCACCAUUACCUCCACCAAGAACGAAAAUUAAACAUAUAACAGGCUCCAAUUCACAGCAUAGUAAUCACCAUGGUAGCGAUUCAGAAGCGAGUAAUGCAGAAUCAAAUAGUUUGAGCGGAGAAUCAGGGACAGAACAUCUACGGGAAUUAGUUCCAUUACGAGAAGCUGGUGUGGGUCGAAAAAAGGGAAAUCGUCGAAGAGGAAGUGAGUGGGAAAUUAUAGAAGGGUUGAAAGAUGGACAACGUUUUGACACGAAGCCUGAAAGAUAUGCAGGCUAUUUACAUAAAAAGCGAAAGUGGCCUUUAAAAGGUUGGCAUAAACGAUAUUUUGUACUAGAAAAAGGUUUACUAGUAUACGCAAAAAGUCCAAAUGAUAUUACUCGUGGUCGAUUACAUGGCUCUGUGGAUAUAGGUCUGUCAGUUAUAUCAACAAAAGAAAAACGAAAACGUUUAGAUAUUGAUGCUGAAGAAUUCAUUUAUCAUUUAAAAGCAAAGACAAUCGAAACAUUUGAAUGUUGGGUGCAACGAUUAAAAGCUCAUCGUUUGUAUCGUCAGCAUGUAUUAACUUAUGGAAGUAAAGAAUUACCAUUAAUUCGUGCUCCGAUUGCUGUUCUUGAAGAAAUUGACAGUCCAGGAUUACCACGAAAUAAAAUACCAUUAACACCCCCUGAAGUGAUUAGCCGUGAUGGAUCAUUAACACGUGGUAUGAAACCAAUUACUUCGGGCAAUGCUAUAACAACUGGUGGACGACUAGCAGCCUGGUUAAUUGAUUCUGGUCCAAAUUUAGAUUCAAUUAACAAAGAAUUAAAUCAUAUUCAAGAAAAUUUAAAUCAACUUGGAAAACUAAUAGAUAAUAUUGAUACAAUACAAGUUGCAUUGAAUUCAACCGGAGAAUCUGAGCCUAAUCCUGAAGGUUUCUCACCAAAUGUUAAAAAAGAUAGAAAAAAAUUUGGUUUAAGAAAGAAGAAAUCUUCGAAAGGAGGUAGUGUAGACUUGACAUCCAACUUUACACCUAAUGCUGAUAAUGCGUCUCCACUUAGUGUUUGCUCGUUUACUGGAUUAAACAGUUCACCGCAAGCGAUAUCAAAUCAAUUAAGUACAAGUAAUACAUCAUUGAGUGGAGGCGGUGUUGCAAAUUCUAAUUCAAGUAAUAAUUUACCAAUCGCACCUUCUGUUGCUCGACCUCAUAGUUUACCAAAUUCAGAUUGUUUACAGAAUAAUACUGGAGGAGUUGCUGGUGAUAGACAUUGUUUAAGCUGUGCACCUGAAUAUCAAGUAAAAGAAGAUUAUGGGAAAGUUGCUAAAGAUGUAUAUAGAAGUUUAAAAAAUGUUUUAUUCUCAUUAACAACGGAACGAAAUCGUCUUAAAUCAGCAAUAGAAGCAGAAUCGUCUAGUACAACAGUAAAUCCAAAUGCAGCUAGUUUAAAUUCUGUGGUAGCAUCGUUAAGAUCUAGUCUAAAUCAAGCACUUCAACAAAAUCAAGAAAUGCGAAAUCGUAUUGCUAAAAUUCAUGAAAAUUCUGAUUUAUCUGAUUUAAGUUCAAUUGGCCCAGCUUCUGAGGUGUGUCGUCAAUUAAAUCAAUCGUUAAGUUAUAGUUCGUCUUGUGUUAGUGGUAGUGAAUUCUAUGACGCGGAAGAUGUGAUAAGCAAUGUUGUUACACCACCAGAUGGUCCGUCUAGACCAAGUGAUGAUGAAAUUGGUGAUACAUUAGAUUUAGAGCCAGAAGUUGUUGUACCUUGUGAUGGAAGUGAUACUAGUUCUGAAGCAGGUAGUAUCACCAGUGAAGAAGGUAGUGUCAGUUCAGAAAAUUCUGAAAUUGGAACUGAAUAUAAUGCUGCACAUAGUUUGAAUGAAAGGGGUGAAUCAACUGUACAAUGUAUGACAGGCCGGCGGACACGUUUACCGGUACCACGUCCAGAUACCGAAGGUCUAUCUUUAUGGAAUUUAUUAUGCAAAAACAUUGGAAAAGAUUUAUCACAAAUUUCAAUGCCGGUUGCAUUAAAUGAGCCUUUAAAUAUGUUACAACGACUUUGUGAAGAAUUAGAAUAUUCUGAAUUAUUAGAUAAAGCUGCAGAAUUAGAUGAUCCAUUGGAGCGUAUGGUGUAUGUUGCUGCUUUUGCCGUAUCUAGUUAUGGUAGUUCAUAUUUUCGGGCUGGAAAUAAACCAUUUAAUCCAUUGUUGGGUGAAACAUAUGAAUGUAUUCGUGAAGAUAAAGGUUUUCGUUUCAUUUCUGAGCAGGUCUCACAUCAUCCGCCCGUAAGUGUAUGUCAUGCUGAGAGUCGUAAUUUUAUAUUUUGGCAAAAUGCACGUAUUAAAACAAAAUUUUGGGGCAAAUCAAUGGAAUUUCAACCACUUGGUAUGGUAAAUCUCCAAUUACCAAAAACUGGUGACCAUUACCAGUGGAAUAAGGUUACAACAUGUGUCCAUAAUUUAUUUAGCGGUCAGCGAUGGGUUGAUCAAUAUGGAGAGUUAAAAAUAACAAACCUUACCACUGGUAUAGUUUGUAAAUUAACGUUUGUAAAGGCGAGCUAUUGGUCUGCUAAACGACAUGAAAUUUAUGGCGUAAUUACAACCCCUGAUGGUAAAGUAGCGCGAAAAUUAUUUGGAAAAUGGUCAGAAGCAUUAUAUUGCGGAGUUGCACCAUCAGCUAAAUGUAUUUGGCGUCAAGGUACAAUGCCUGAAGACUAUGAAUUAUAUUAUGGUUUUACACGUUUUGCAAUUGAAUUAAAUGAGCUUGGUCCUGAAGUAUCACAGUUACCAAUAACUGAUACUCGUUUACGUCCUGAUCAACGAGCCUUAGAACGUGGUGAUUUAGAUGCUGCUGAACGUUUAAAAUUACAAUUGGAACAAAAUCAACGUGAACGACGAAAAAAAUAUGAACUUGAAAAUAUUAAUUUUGAACCACUGUGGUUUAACAAAAAAAUGACUCCGGAUGGUGAAGAACAAUGGGAGUAUAAUGGUAAAUAUUGGGAGAAAAGAAAAAAUCCCGGCUUUGUUAAUAUGAAAUUGGAAAGUUUAUGGUGACCAACGGCUAUAAUUGAAAUAUCGUUAAACGAGAAAUUAAUAUUUGAAUGCUAGUCGUAAAUAUUUUGACAGCUGUGUUAUGAUAUUUAGAUAAUUUAAUUACCGUUUAAAAAUUUAAUAAAUAAAACCACUCACUUAUAGUUACUAUGUACUUGUAAUAUACAUAAAU